AUGGCAGCAUUAUACUCGUCCAGUCCAGAGGAUCUUCCAGCACAGACGUUCCUCGAGAGAAAAAAACCGCUCCUGUUGCCUCGCCAGUCAACAAACGAUAUCCUUUCUUUCACCCACAUCAUUGCGGAUCGCCUUGCACCCGGUCAAAACAUCUGGGAUUUCUUUACUCCUCCAGACCCCUCAAUUCUGACACCAACAACAAAAGCACAGACCUCAUCUUCAUGUUCAGAUGAAGAUAUCAGUUCUAAAAAAAGAGGAACACCCACAACAGGAUCCCCCUCCUUGUCUCCUACAAAAAGUCAUAUUGAAACUCUCGCGUUGGACCUUACUCAAGCUGAUAAAGAGUUAAACAGUAGCACCAAUAGUACCAGUACCGAUGUCCAACCCUCUUCGCCAACAAUCACAUCAUCCUCCCUAUCCACAGAAACACUCUCCCCACCCGGGCCCACAAACCACACAGUAGAAGAUGACACCCCCAAGACUCAGAAGCGCCGAUCCUUUGCUCAGUCAUUUCGAGAUAGUAUGGCUAGUCUCACACAGUUGCUCACCCAAACCUCAACCAAUUCUUCUCGCUCCACUAAUUCCACUACAUCUCUUGAAUCCACAUCCGCCUCCUCAACGGAAACGACUUCAUCAAAUGCAUCGAGUACCAAACCAUUCAGUGUAGGAACAGAAGAAGAAGGAUCCGAAGCGCGACUAGCAUCACCUCAAUACAAUAUCCUAGUGCUAGGAUCUGAUUCUGCACCUUUGGCGAGUACGCUCUACAAGAUGUCGGGUCUCUUACCCGGUGCCACCAAGGUUCAUCACUAUCAAGAGAUUUCAGGUUUUUUUGUUGCUUACUUUAAUUCCUAUGACUCGUCCUCAGAAGGGCAAGAAGAAGAUGAAGAAGAAGAACAAAACAAAAGGUCAUCAGAAUCUAUGGCAGCAUCCGAAAUCUUGGGAAGGAAUGAUAUCAUCAGCACUUAUAGCUACCUCAUCAACAAAAACAACAACAGCAACAAAGAGCGUUCUGAAGAAGUCUUGCUCAGUGAUUCGUCUUCAACAGAUGGGGAAACCGAUAGUUGCUGUCACUCCGACACGGUCUCGAUCAUUUCAACAGACGCCACAUCCACCAAUACCCGAUUUUCCAAAGAAGGAUGUGACGAAUUCUGUAGCAUUGUUCAACCAGAACCGGAAGCUGAAUUGACUUCAGGACAAGUCCAAGAAGGAGUAGCAGAGCUACUUGGAUCCGAUGAUUACAAUAAUACCCAAGGACAACAGAAAGAGCAAAAUACCCAGCAAGACAACCAUUACGACCAAGAACUGAAAAAACCCUCCCCCAAUACCAACCUUUCAAUCCACGCAUUUUCACUUGACACGACUUGGCCCGUCCCAAGGACAUUGGCUCAACGGUUCUGGUUCCCGUUCGCGCAUGGAAUUGUAUAUAUUGUGGAUGCGACUCGCAAAAAUGACCCUCGAGGGAUCGAUCACUUGAUAAGAGCACGUCAGUUCUUGGCCUCCUUGAUCGCAGAUCCCCACUUUAGUCGCAAGGAUAUCCCAGUGGUGAUUUUUGCAAACAAGGCAGGCACGGAUCCAGAGACAUGCUACCGUCUAGAUGAGAUUGCAGAGAUCUUGGGAUGCGGGAAUUGGGACAUUCGACCCACCGAUCUUCAUGACAGUAAAAACAAUAACGCUGUAGACAAAAAGAAUGGUGAAAAAAGACGAAGCUCAUGGUCCGAAAAGAUCAAGUUGUCGACAUCAUCAUCAUCCACAUCCACAGCGGCUUCGACAGCAAAGACGCGACCUUGGUGCGUCAAGAGUACAAGGGCUGAUGGAAAUGGGGAUGGGAUCCGAGAAUCUAUUGAGUGGCUCAAGAGUCGCAUGGGCGAAACAUGGGCAUAG